AUGAUCGCGUUCGGUAGGCGCUACCUGCUGUCGUUCAUCCCCGUCGGUCUCUUUGCUCGUCUGAUGGUCCGCAUAUUGCAUGUUCCGAAGACGAGGUUGAUCGCGGCAUGGCGAACGGGCUUCGUGAUGGAGUUCAUCACCAGCACCAACAAGGGCGAUCACGAUCACACGGUGGACGGUGACUCUGCGACCCGCAACCCGUGCCUCGUCCGGGCCUUCUUCGAGCAGAAGUCCGAGCCGCAGAACGAGCUCGUGUUCUUCAUGCGGGGUCACAAGGACGAACUGAGCACCGACCUCUCUGCCGUCUCCUCUUCCUCUUCUUCGUCAUCUGCCUCCUCCAGCUCGCAGUCCACGGAAGGCGGCGUGGUGGCCCUCCUCGAGAAGCUGGUCUACAUCACCGACACCCUCUUCGCGGGCUUUGCCGGCCUCGAGACGCGGAAGCUCAUUCCCUAUUGGCUGUCGGAGGAGGACGAAGAAGGCCCGGCCGACAUUCCGUCGACUGUCGACAAGGAGGCGGGCACUACGGCCGCCGCCGCCGUUGACGAUGCAGCGGCGGCUGGCAAGGGGAAGCUCCGCUCGGCGUCGUCGUUGGACGGGUCGGAGAUGACGAUGCACUGCAUUCCCUAUAGCAAGGCCGUCAAGGCGGCCAUGAAGGGGCGCAAGGUGGUCAACUGCGACGGCCACCAGCUGCCGCUGGCUCUCAUCGCUCCCGACGUGGCCAUGGCCUCUGUUCGGACGGUAUUGCCGGAGGAGCUGACGGUCGCGUGCAAGAUCGGCGAGGGAGGCUUCGGCGCCGUGCUCAAGGGAUUCUGGCACGGCAAGGCGGUGGCCGUCAAACAGCUCCACGAGCGGACAGGACUGGAGAAAGAGGAGGAGGCCAAAUACAGGAUCAAGAAGUUCGACGAGUUCAAGCACGAGGCCUUCAUCAUGAGCUGCCUGGACCACCCCAACGUGGUGAGCCUCUAUGGCGUGCAGAUGAACCCUCUGGCAAUGGUGAUGGAGUACGCGCCCAAGGGCGACCUCCACCGCCUCCUCAACAGCCGCCAGAAGGGCACCGUUCGCUGCAACCACUCCACCCACAACCUUCCCCUCUCCCUCCGCAAACGUCGCCUCCUAUCUGGGUUCGGGCGAGAUGACACGGAGCACGAGCGCAUGCUGCCGCUGGUGAUGGGCGACCGUGUGGUGGUGGUCAGCGAGGACGAGGAGACCGGCUUGGCCCAGGUGGAGACUUCCUAUUGCGAGAAGGGCCUCUUCCCCAGCGCCUGCCUCAAGAAGGGAGACGAGCCGGUGCCGGACGACAAGAUCCCGUGGUCGCUGCGCUGGCGCAUAGCGCUCGACAUCGCCAAGGGCCUGUCGCACCUGCACUCCUUCCAGCCUCCGAUCGUCCAUCGCGACCUGCGCUCGCCCAACAUCUUCUUGGUGAGCAUGGACGUGACGGCACCGGUUCUGGCCAAGGUCGGCGACUUUGGGCUUGCGCGGCAUGUCAAUCCUAAGCUCUACGAAGCGCUUCGAACAUGGCAAUGGUUGGCUCCGGAGGUGCUCAACUUCGAGCAGCUCGAGUACGAUGAGCGAGCCGACAUCUACAGCUUCGCCAUCGUCCUGUGGGAGAUGGCCUCGCGCCAGACGCCUUUCCUCGACGAGUACUGGGAGCGGUUCCAGCGCAACGGCUACUUCCAGGAGAAGGACUGCCAGAGGGCGAUCAUCGAGGACAACCUCCGACCAACCAUCCCGGGCAACUGCCCGCCCGAGUUCGCUGAUCUCAUCCAAGACUGCUGGGACCCGAACCCGCAGAGACGACCACCUUUCAGGGCUGUGGUGAAGCAGAUCGAAGCUCUUCUCGACAGUAAGCGCUACUGA